CGCAAUCAGUACCGCCUUGCCUUUCAUCCACGAUGUACGUUCUCGGCAUAGCUGUCGCAUUGCUGUUCUUAGCACUCGUACUGGCAUUGUACGAGCUCUAUCUGCGAUCACUUCCAAGUUACAAAGCUGCGGCGCAGUUUCCCGGAGCUCGGGUCUACCCGCUGGUCCAGAAUGUCUUCACCGUAAUGUUCAAAAGCCAGCUGGAAGCCUUCGACGAUGCGCGGAAAUGGGCCCGCGAAUAUGGCGCGAGCUAUCGAUUCCUGAUCCGUGGAGUCCUCUUCGUUCAAGCCGUUCGGUACAAAGAGGUAGAGAUGCUGCUGUCCUCCACUCGGCUGAUCCGCAAGAGUCCGCUGUACAAGCUGACCUUUCCCUUCAUCGGAGAGGGUCUCCUGAACAGUACCGGAGACAAGUGGCACCAGCGAAGACGGAUAUUGACGCCCACGUUCCAUUUCAACAUUCUGCAAAGCUUCCUGCAAACAUUCCACGAAGAGUGCUCGAAACUGGUGUUGCAGUUGAGCGAGCAGGCUGAUAAGGACAUCGUCACCGAGCUGCAACCUUUGUCGACUCAAAUUACGCUGAAUACCAUUUGUGAAACCGCCAUGGGGAUCAAGCUGGACUCAACGGAGAGUGCAGAUGUGUACAAGCGCAACAUUCGCACAGUUGGAACGAUCAUACAGCACAGGUUGAUGAAUCCGUUGCUGUAUGAAGACUCGGUGUAUAAAGCUUUGGGUUACCAGGCCAAGUUCGAUCAGAUCUUGGCACCUAUCCAUGCCUUCACGCGGAACAUCAUCAAGAAACGUCGACAAAUGUUCCACGCGACCGUCGACAACCCAGCGGACAUAUCGGAAGAAAACGUCUACACAAACAUCAAACAGCGGUACGCCAUGCUGGACAGUCUGCUGCUGGCGGAAGCUAAACAACAGAUCGACGACGAAGGUAUCCGAGAGGAGGUCGAUACAUUUAUGUUCGAAGGCCACGACACAACAGGCAGUGCCUUCGUGUUCAUCUUCCUAUCGAUUGCCAACCAUCAGGAUGUUCAGGAGCGCGUGUACCAGGAGAUCCACGCAACACUCCACGAUCGGAGCGACCCAGCGGAACCGUUAACAAUUCAGGACUACAACAACCUGAAGUACAUGGAGCGAGUGCUCAAAGAAUGCAUGCGAGUCUACCCGCCGGUUCCGUUCAUAUCGCGAUUCGUUACCGAAGAUGUGCGCUACGAGGACAAGUGGAUCCCGAAGGGGUCCGUCAUCAGCGUUGAGAUCUUCGAUCUCCACCGCGAUCCGGAACAAUUCCCGGAUCCUGAGCGGUUCGACCCGGACCGCUUUCUGCCGGAGCACGUGGAGAAGCGGAACCCCUACGCGUACGUCCCUUUCAGCGCCGGACCACGAAACUGCAUAGGACAACGCUUCGCCAUGCUGGAGCUGAAAGCGAUUCUGACCGCCGUGCUGCGCGAAUUUCGUGUGCUUCCGGUCACGAAGCGCGACGAGAUCGUGUUUGUUGCCGAUAUGGUGCUGCGCGCGCGGGAUCCCAUCAAGGUCAAGUUUGAGCGGAGAAAUGUUUGAUUGGUUUUCUAAUGUGCUGUGCUAUUUUGAUUUUCUUGAAUAAAAUUUCAUGACAUUUUUGGUAA